GCCACCUGCCCGCGAAACUUGUGGAUUGUUGCCCUCGGGUCGCUCUGGGGCGUGGAUACGGAAACGGGCCAUGGAAGGUACGUCGGCGGCUCGCGAGCCCCGGGCCCGGCCGAGAGAGCGGGACCUAGACCGGCACCCCCGCCCGGACCGAGACCGCCAUCCCGAGCGACAGCGGGGCCGACCGGGGGACCGGCGGAGGGAGAGAAACGGCGGCGAGCGGAGGGACGGGGACCGGGACAGGGGGAGGGACCGAGGCCCUCGCCAGGACAGACACCGGGUCAGGGACCUUCGCGCCGGUGAACAAAGAGUUUGGGAAAAGUCCCACCAAAGCCGGACGCGGGACGGACCCCGGAGGCCGACCUGGGACGAAGCCCCGCCCCCCUGGCCCGCGCCUUGGGAAACCCCGGAGCCGCCGAUCCAGAGGAAGGAGCGCUUCGCACCCGGUGGCCCGGCAAGUUAUAGUGAACCCACUUCAGGGAGAUACCUGCCCUCGAACCCCAGGUCUGGCCUAGAGGAAGUGGAAUAUUACCAGUCAGAGGCUGAAGGACUCCUGGAAUGCCAUAAAUGCAAAUACUUGUGCACUGGAAGAGCCUGCUGCCAGAUGCUGGAGGUGCUGCUGAACUUGUUGAUCCUGGCCUGCAGCUCUGUGUCUUACAGUUCCACAGGGGGAUACACGGGCAUCACCAGCCUGGGGGGCAUUUACUACUACCAGUUCGGAGGCUCUUUCAGUGGUUUCGAGGGCGCCGAUGGGGAGAAAGCACAGCAGCUGGACGUCCAGUUCUACCAGCUGAAGCUGCCCACAGUCACUGUGGCGAUGGCCUACAGCGGAGCCCUCAUGGCCUUCUGCUGCCUCCUUGUCGUCCUGGGCGUCCUGCGGGUCCCGUGGCACUGCCCCCCAUGGCUGCUGAUUGAAGCCUUGUUGGACGCGCUCAUCGCGGGGGCCUACGUCCCCGCUCUCUACUUCUACUUCCGCCACCUCUCGGCUGCCUAUGCGUCCCCGGUGUGCAGAGAGAGGGAGGCGCUGUACCAGAGCAAAGGGUACAGCGGCUUCAGCUGCAGUUUCCACGGGGGAGAUAUAGGAGCUGCCAUCUUUGCUGCCCUGAGCAUCGGGCUCUUUGCCCUGGGGGCUGUGCUGGCCAUCCGGGGUUACCGGAAGGUCAGGAAGCUCAAAGAGAAGCCUGCAGAGAUGUUGGAGUUUUAGGCUUUUUAAGCCGUCCUGCCAUAUGUGAGCAGUGGAAGUUACUCUGAACCACUGUCUUUCACGGAAUACUUUGCCGUGGGCCAACGUCGGUAUCCUGGGGGGAGCUCUGGGUUACACCGAGCGGCGUUCUCUGAGGUAAUGAGUUCUCGAGUCCUUUGUUGGUGAGCGAGGAGCCAAAAUUAUUGAAACAGAACAAAACUGGAGGUCAGGACCCACGAGGAGAAGGCACGAGUUGCAGCAAUGCACUUUCUUGCACUUUCGAUUAGCUCAAGGGAAUUAACCAAGUGAGUCUGAAGAUCCUUAUCUUCAAAGUCCUCGGAAAGCCAUAUACACUGGAGACAACAUUUCGGCUUGAGCUUUUCUAAACACAACUGUCUUAAGCAGAUGAGCCCCAAAGUUUUUCCACACUGAGGUCUCGGGUCCUUCACUUCCUUAAUGCUCUGGAUGCAGGGUGUAGAGACACCGGGGAGACUCCGCCUGUAAGUUGGAGGUAGGCGUGGGCCAAGCAAAGAGGAAUCAGAUUCAUUCACUGGGUUGCAAAGAAGCUAUUCUAACAAGACCCCCACAGUGACCUUGAAAACUCAAUAAGUGUUUUGUACCUCUUGUAAAGGUACCAUUGUAUGAUGAAUUAAACCCAACAUCUGGAAUUCAGGAUCCAUCCAGAAUAAAAGAAUGUAAAAUCUUUCCCAAUGGAAGAAUGCUACUUUUGGCCAGACAACUUCAUGGGUUCUUACUGCAUGUUAAAUUAUGACUCCUGGAAUAUUACAAUAUAUUCUUGAUACAAGUGAAUAUGUUCUUUGCUUUACAUGAAUCCAGUAAAAGUCCAAAGAAAAAUUUUAA